AUGGCUGCAAACUUAAUCGCUUGCAUCUACCCAUAUGACAGUCUUCUUUAUGCGGUUGAGACAAUCAACAUGCGCGAAAGCCAGUCUCGCCGGAUCAUGUAUCCAGAUAUGGAGUCUCAAAACCUCAACAUGUAUAGCGGAGAUUAUGCCCUGGAGCUGCGAUUUAACGAGGCGCAGGGCCCUAGUAAAGGCCAAGGACUCGUCUUCGGAACAAAUCCGGACAGCGACAUCGUCCUGCCGAGGAGUAAAUGUCUUAAGGAUAUACUACCAAGCAGCAGCGCCAGCGCCAGCGCCAGUGCUGGCGGCGAGUAUCCACUGGUUGUUGUACUGCAUCGAGACCUCAAGUUCCACAUAAUGGCCUCAGACCACGACGUGAAUUCUGCUCUGUACAAAGCAUGGAACAACCAGAUGAAGGACAGCCGAUGCCAGGAGAUCCACCUAGCCGGAAAUCCGGCCUGCUGA